CCGCCCAAUAGGUGAAAAAAAUAUUCGAACUAAUUAUCGGCCAAAAACUGGGAUCAUUUGAAACUACAGUCAUAUUCGAGGGAGUGGAUGAUGUAGGGAGCGAUCUAGUGUUUCAAGUCGUGCUAGAUAUCAUCGGCGCUUGUAUUGCCACAAUCGGCAUAGUAACUUAAUCGUCAGGUGAAGUAAGUACCGCGGACCGACGGGAGUACUUACACCCAAACUUGUGAUAUGAUAUAACAUUCUGGAGCUUCCAGUUGUCGGUCUCCAUUUCCUUCAAAUUCGAAGUCUACCUUCAUUAUAUAUUGAGUGUGUUUUUCGCACUUUAGCGCAGGACAUGGUUCGGUUCAAGAAUCGCUGGCUCCUUGUCGAAUUCGUUGACACGUCUACGGUGGACGCUUCCGCUGAAAAAGGGUCUCUAAGCACACGACCCCUGGACGGAAGGUUGAUCUACAACGCUCUUCGCGACAGCGUUGUGACAAACUUUGGCGACACUGGAUGGGGAGCAGUAGGCAUGUCGUUGAACGUCAAGUACUUUUCACCGCUCACGAACCUCUGUAUCAUUCGCGUUGCACGAGAUCAACAUCGAAUUGCAUGGGGUGCAGUCACGCUUCUCACCAACAUCCACGAUGUCAGGGUCAUUCCGCGUGUUAUUCAUGUCUCAGGCACCAUCAAACAUACGCAACUCUCUGCAAUCGCACACAACCGAGAAGUUAUUGCGCGGUUUCGAACUAAACUCAAAAAUACCGCACUCCAUCAUGACUCAUACGACGAUUAUCUUGCGCGAAGUACUCGUGAGAUAGAGGCUUUGCAUGACUGAAUCAGUCUGGGGGUAUCGUGACCCUUGUGACUCUGAGGAGCUCUUCAGUUCUCUCAUUUUUGGUGGUGCGCUUUGAGCCUGCAUUCUCAGAUUGCUCCCAACGUCCACCCUUUGCUGCACGAAACCUGGCUAGCGUCAAG